CCCUCCGUUGAGGCAGCGGAAGAACGCGGUGAAGAAGCUAUUUCUACAGCCUGAAGAAGGAUUAUUCCCAAGGCCUAGUUUACUUUGACUGUUUAUUUUGUUACCUUGAUAGUUGCCAAUAAAGGCGUUUGUGUUACUGCAAGCACGUGGCUCUAGGAAAGUUUGUUUCCCACGUGGAAGGUCUUGCCUUGUUUAUCCCACAUGCAGCCGGCAGCGCCAGCCCCGCCCACAUUGGUGGAGAAUGCGGGCACCGCCCCUAGGGCGGGGCCACGGCCGUCCCAAGAACAGUUGUUUACUUGGUUCGCUGAACAACAACAGCUGAUGCUACAACAUUUGUCGUCCCAGCAAACCCGAGUUCUAGAGCAGGUGUGUGCAGCUCAACAGAACGCCCAGGCACAGCUGUUAACUCAACUAACGAAUUUAUGGAGGGCUCCUCGAACCGCAGAAGGGGAAGAAAGGGGCUUGACCUGGACGGUGGGCCUGAAUCCGUUGAAAUUAAUGAAAAUGGGGCCUCAGGAUGACGUCGAAGCCUUCCUCAAUACGUUCGAGCGGGUAGCAGCAGCGGCUCAGUGGCCCAGGGAGCAAUGGGCCUUGAUACUUACCCCUUGCCUCACGGGUCCGGCGCAGGAGGCUGUUGACACAUUGUCCCCGGAGGACGCCCAGGAUUAUGCCAAGGUAAAGGCAACCAUUCUCCAGACCCUUAACAUUUCAGAGGACACCUACCGCUUGCGGCUCCGAGAGCUAAAAUGGAGGUCGGGGAUGCAUCCUAGAACUCUAGGACAGAAGAUUAGAGCCAGUGCUCUGAGGUGGCUUAAACCGAUGGAGCGAUCGGCUUUAGAGGUAGCGGAGUUGGUGAUGGUGGAGCAGUUUGUAGCCAGUCUCCCCACGCAAGCCAGGAAUUGGGUGAGGUGUCACCGUCCGAAGGACCUAGAACGAGCUGUCACUCUUAUGGAGGCGUUCACCACGGCGGAAGAGGCAGAAGCCGCUAAACCCCGUAGGGGCGCUGAAGGGAUCGCUAUACGGGGAGGUAAGAUCGGCGUAGGUCCGGGACGGUUCGGAGGACGAGAGGGACAUGGACCUACUCGGCCCAAAGAAGAAGCGGUAGCGGCCAAGCCAGAAGCGGCGGGAAAGAAUGGGGAAGAGGCCGGCCCCAAGGAUCUUCCUCGAAAAGCGGUGAUAUGCUAUACCUGUGGCAUGGAAGGGCACAUACGCCGAGACUGUCCGGUUAUGGAAUGCUCAUGGGGCGAUACGUGGGACGCCACUCAGGCUUGGAGGGUUCGUGAGGCUUUGUGGACAGAAGUGGAAGAUGAUCCUGAAGAAAGAGAGGAGUGGUUUAUAGGUCCUCAGACGGAGGACUUCAUACAAACAGGGGAGGUACCCAUUAUGUCCCCACUUACUGGACCACAACAAGAGCAGGUGAGGGUCUUACAACAACAAUUUGGGGAUGUGUUUAGGGGGAAGCCAGGUCAGACCUCGUUGAUACAACAUGCAAUAGUUACUGAGCCUGCAACGGUAGUAAGGAUGCCAAUUCGGCCAUGGCCUUGGAGGGUGCAGAAGGCCAUUAAUGAUGAAGUAGAAACCAUGCUGCAGUUAGGGGUAAUUGAGCCGUCAAAAAGCCCAUGGAGAAGUUCACCGGUGAUGGUACCAAAACCAGAUGGGUCAAUACGUUUUUGUAUCGAUUUUAGGCAAGUUAAUAAGGUGUCCAAAUUUGAUGCCUACCCCAUGCCAGGGGCUAUAAAUUUACUGGAACGGCUGGGACAGGCCCGGUUUUUGUCAUCCCUGGACUUAACGAAAGGUUACUGGCAAAUUGAGUUGCGCCCUGAAGACAGGGAGAAAACAGCCUUUGCAACCCCUAAAGGACUGUUUCAGUUUACAAGGAUGCCAUUUGGCUUGCAUGGGGCUGCAGCCACCUUCCAGCGGCUGAUGGACCGAGUGCUGCAAGGUUUAGAGUUCUGUGCUGCGGCAUACAUUGAUGACAUUAUUAUUUUCAGUGAUUCUUGGGAGGAACACAUAGAGCACUUAACAAAAGUUUUAGGAGCAUUGAGGGCCGCAGGGCUGACGGCUAAUCCAAAAAAGUGUGCAAUUGCCUGUAGACAAGUGAAAUACCUUGGGCAUGCGGUGGGGCAAGGCUUAAUAAAGCCCUUAAUGGAGAAAGUGGUCAAAGUACAAGAUUGGGGAGUCCCCCAGACUAAGAAGCAGGUGAGACAAUUCCUAGGGCUGGAGGGGUAUUACCGCAGGUUUAUUCCGCACUUUGCUCAUUGGGCUGCUCCUUUGACAGAUCUCACAAAGAAAGGGCAGCCACGCAGGGUGAGAUGGGGGAGAAGGGAGCAGCUGGCCUUUGAUAGGCUAAAAGAUUACUUAUAUAGCUACCCGGUUUUAAGAGCUCCAGAUUUUUCGCGACCUUUUAUUUUACAAACGGAUGCGUCAGAGGUUGGUUUAGGCGCAGUACUCUCUCAGAUGUGGGAUGAUGGGGAACACCCGGUGUUGUAUCUUAGUAAAAAGUUGAAAAAAGCAGAGCAAAGGUAUGCUGCCAUUGAGAGGGAGGCCUUG